AUGGUUUCAAUGAUAAAAGCACCAUUCAUUCCUCUGCUCUACCUCGGCCGCCGAUUCCGUCAAGAUCAAGACUGGACCUACCGACAAGCCCUAUCAAACACAUUCGUGAAACUCUUCCUCCGAGUCUUCGUAGCCUUCCGCACAAAACCACCCCUAUCCCUAAAGCCAGGCUUAGAAGGCGACCGCUUCGUCUCAAUCGAACCAGCCCCAGAAGAACUGUAUACAGGAAUAACAGUUGACGAUGAAAUCCACCCAGAAACCACUGGCGGAACAUGGUUCCCAACGGCCUACUCCUACAACACAACAACCUCCUCAGACAAACACAUUAUCCUCCACUUCCAUGGCGGCUCCUACAUCCUCGGCGAUGGCCGUACAGCAUCCUGCAAGUUCCUCGCAAACAAUCUCCUAACCCACACCCCCUCUAGCCACGUCUUCAGCCUCCAAUACCGGCUAGCCUGCAACCCAAACAGCCGCUUCCCAGCCCAACUCCAAGACGCCAUAACAGCAUACUGCUACCUAACGCACAGCCUACACAUCCCAGCCUCACGGAUCGUUCUCAGCGGCGAUUCCGCAGGCGGACAUCUAGUCCUAGCCCUCCUCCGCUACAUAGCAGACUACGACGAUGAGAAGAUCCUCCCAGUCCCAACAUGUAGCUGGCUCUUCUCACCAUGGUGCGAUAUUCCCGGCGCGAAAAACACAGGACUAUGGAAUAACUUGCCGAACGCAGCGGUGGAUUAUAUCCCAGCCUCAUUCCCGGCGUGGGGAGCCAAGCAUGUAAUUGGCAACCAGGAGCUGAAUAGGGCUGUUGAGCCUUAUCUGGCGCCGAUUUGGCACCCCUUUGCGCUGCCUUCGCCUGUCUUUAUUGCUAGUGGUGGUCGUGAGGUUAUGUGUCAGGAGCAUGAGCGGUUGGCUAGGCAUUUGCAGAAAUUGCCACAGAAUGAGGGCCGUGUGGAGUAUUUUGUGCAGGAUACUGUGCCACAUGAUGUUUUGAUGGUGGCUUGGAUUCUGAAUUUUCGGAAAGAGGCUGCGCAGUGUGCUGAGCAUGCUGGUUGCUUUUUGACGAAGCUUCAGGCUAUGUCUGAUGAGAGUGAGGUUCCGGUUUUGCCGUUUGAUGAAGCUUGA